GGCCCACUCCCCUCUCGAACAUUCAUUCCACUGAUUCCAUUCUGCGAACUGUGCUUCUGCAAACACCACCCUCUUCUCCUCUGUCGCUCAUCGCCUUGAUCGUCUUCGACGACGUCCUUUCCUUACCAGCCGCAGCCACCUCCGACAUUCCCCUCGCACGGUCGCUGGCGAACCUCUGCGAGCAGCCUUUCAUUUGAUCACUAUUGCAACUUUCCAACCUCCGUCAAGGCUUCACUCUUUUGGCCUCUGACGAACUGCCUUUCCUUUCCCGCCUCUUCCAUUCUUCUCGCUCAAAAACGUUACAUCUUAAGGAUGGAGCAAACAAUCAUGGACGAACUUGCCCCAGAGGAAAAGCAAGAGAUUCCAUUCGAAGCCAACACCGAAGUUAAACCUGAGGACAUACCUUUACCCAGAAGCUCAAUGAUAACUGUCCGAUUAUCCGAUAUACAGACGCCGCCAGAGCUCGACGUAGACGCUGAAGCACAAGCUUCACCGCAGCCCUCUGUUCGACAAAGCAGCCCUUCGUCCACCCGUUCCAGCCGUUCAUCUUCCAGGACAUCCGAGAGUUCUGUCUCGAUAAACUCCGUGGAUUGGGAGGGCCUUGAGAAGACCGAGGAACAAGAACAUAAAGACGAGGCCACGGAUGAGUCUACGGCCCUUCUGCUUGCCCGCCUCGAAAAGGAGAAUGCUGCCCUGGCGACUGACCCAAAGGCUGGAAUUACAGCCACAACCCGACCGCGCAAAAAUACAAGGCCACCUUCGAUACAACAACUGAAGAGAAUGAUGGAUGGCCCGAUCAGACAGUCGCUAAGAUACUCAAUGCUUCCUGCGCCUGGCUUCACCGAGCUGGAGUUCUGGGCUGCCUUGGUUCAGGAUUACAAUCAGACGGCUCAACGCUUGCCGACGCUCACCUCCAACAAGAUUCGAAGUGGUGUGCCAGCGAUGUUCAGAGAACAUGUGUGGCCCAGCAUUGCACGAGCACGAGACCCCUUUCUUAUCUCUGAGUACCAAAGGCUCUCCUUGGAGCCUAGCCCCUAUGAUGCUCUGAUCGGCAAAGACGUAGGCCGGAGUUUUCCCAACGUCGACAUGUUUCGAGAAAAAGAUGGUGAAGGUCAACGCAUGCUUGGAAACGUCUUGAAGGCCUUCAGCAUCUAUGACGAAAAGAUUGGAUACUGUCAAGGCCUUGGGUUUGUUGUUGGCCCACUACUGAUGCACAUGGGCGAAGCUGAAGCUUUCUGCAUUCUCGUGAGACUGAUGGAGCAUUAUGACCUUCGAUCAUGCUACCUGCCUGAUCUGUCAGGAUUACAUCUUCGCAUUUAUCAAUUUCAACAGCUCCUCACUCGUCAUCUGCCGGACUUGGCUGCCCAUCUCGAAUCCCUGAAAAUCGAGCCACUCUAUGUGUCUCAGUGGUUCCUGUCAUUCUUCGCGGUUACUUGUCCACUUCCGAUGUUACUGCGCAUAUACGACGUAAUCCUAUCUGAAGGUGCCACCGAGACGCUUAUGCGAGUCGCCCUGUCUUUGAUGCAACGCAAUCAGAAGAAGCUCUUGGCUUAUACCGAGUUCGAGGAUGCGAUGCAGUUUCUUCUCUCGAGACGUUUGUGGGAUACUUAUGCACAGCAAGCAGACGACCUCGUAACUGAUUUCGUGUCAUUGACUGGUCUUGUCAGCCCAGAGACUCUACAGUCUCUCGAAACAAGCUUCAAGCAAUCACAAAAUCUGACGGCGGCGCCUUCACUCAAAAGUGCAGCGGCGUCUUUUCUUGGACGAUUUUGGGCAGGUUCAACGCACUCUCCUUCACGGUCUGCAAACUUGAGUUUGUUGAUUCCAGGAAACAACAAAUCUGUCCGAAAGUCAUCCUCAGGCCAGAGUGUAACAUCGACAGUCAAUUCAGUGGAAACUUCAGUUUCUGACGCUAGUACAUUAGCCACCGAGCUUUCUGAAGAAGCAGCACCGAAAGCUGUAAUGUCGAACUCGGUUGUGAUCGAAAACUCGAUUUCACCGCCAAACUCGAACGACCGUGACUUACACCACCAGAUCGAGGAGUUGUUGACAGAAUUAUCUAGAGUUCAACAUCAGCAUGUCGAACUUGCCCGCGAAUUGCAGCAAGAGCGAGAAGAGCGAGAAGAGGAUCGACGACUGGCCCGUACUUUACUCGAUCGCUUACGGCAACAAACUGAAGACAUCAAAGAGUUGGCUGGAGGUGACGACGAGGAGGAGGAUGGUACACUUGUCGGACUUCUAGAUCAAGCGGAGCAGCAUCUUGGGACAAACGAUUCCAAACGAAUGUCCAUUGUGCAGUCGAAGCAUCAACUUCGAGAUGCGGUGUCUGAGUGGAAAGAAAAGCACGAAGCUGAAGCUUCCAAAUGCCGAGAGUUGAUGCGACAGCUUGACGAGCGCGAAGCCGAGUAUAAUUCGGUAAAGGAAAGCCUAAAGGAUGCCAGGACUCGGAUACAGGAUUCACAUCGUGAAAAGCAACGCCUCGAACGAACGGUCUCCGAUCUGCGCUCACGGAAUAGUUCUGUCCCUGAUUCACCUGCGGAUCUUUACACACCCGUGGAUGAAUUCCCGGAUCUCAAGCUGCCUGCACCCAAAUCUGGUCUUCGAGAACUACGAUUGGGCCGAUCAGAGCCCCAAUCUCGAUCGUCCAGCGCCGGACCAUUUUCGAAGCGAUCGAGCAGUCUCAACACCCAAGCUCUCCUGGCGACAGAGAACCACGAGCCGGUAUCCAAUGAUGCGCUUCUGAUCGAACUGGCCAGUGCCAAAACAGCGGAGGCGGUGGCCAGGCAAGAGCUAGAAGAGACCAGGGGCAAGCUCGAUGCUCUACGGAAGAUCCUUAGUGGCUCCACGUCUUCGCCAGGAGUGCGAGUAUCCGAAUCGCCGACCUCCGCGACUUCUACCAGCGUCAGCCCUGGAGCGAAGGAGGCGUCCAAAACAUUGCACGCUGCAUCUGCGAGCACGGGCGGCUUCUUCAGUGGCUGGGGCAAACGAGGCUGAACUGAAAAUGAUCUGGGUCAACCCUGGAAACAAUCUUACUCAUUUUAUAUAAUAUCUUUUUAGUUUACGACCUUUAAAUAGCUCAUCUACGACCCCCUUCAAUUGCCACUCAUAUAUAGCAAGCGACUAAGAGAAUGUCUACACUAUCAAUUAAG